AUGGUAUUCAAAUUCAAUAUAGACAAUGUUCUUAAUCAAUAUAUUCCACCAAAUAGAUUAGAUAGAUUACCAAAACCAAUAGGUAGAUUUCUUGGUGCUCAUUCUCCAAAACCAGCUCCAGAUUAUUUGAUCUGGUUAGAAAUCCUAGUAAGUUCAUUCUGUGGGAUACUAGUACUAGAAGCAGUAUUCAUGAGUGAACAUACCGCUUUUAGUUCCCUUGAUCCGCCCGUUAUCAUUGCCAGUUAUGGUGCUGCCGCGGUGCUCGUAUUUCUGGUGCUGUAUUCUCCAUUAGCACAACCAAGAAAUGUGAUAUGUGGACAAUUUGUCAGUUCUUUGAUUGGGAUCAGUAUCCAGAAACUCUUUUGGUUAACUCAAACUGGAAGAGAUCAUUAUUAUUUAUCAGCAGCCUUACUGGUUGCUGUUGCAAAUACAGUACAAACGAUUCUUAAUGUUGCCCAUCCACCUAGUGGUGCGCUGGCGUUACUCCCACUGAUUGAUGAUAGUGUUAGAAACCUUGGUUGGCAUUAUUUAUAUAUCCAACUAGUAUCUUGUAUUUUGAUUUUAGGGGUUGCAUUAAUAUUUGGGAAUAUAUUUAGAAGUUAUCCAAUUUAUUGGUGGACUCCAGGUCAUGUAGGUAAGAAGAAACCGGCACCACUGCCUACUAAACCUGAAGCUGAUGACGAGGGGGAGGAGAGUAGUAGUGAUAUGGGUCGUGUUGUGACUAAUAAUAUCUCCAUAUUUGAUGAUAAAGCUGACGUGAAUACGAUUAGAGGGUUGAAAAGAAUUACAAUCACCGUUGAUGAUAUUAUGGUGCCUGAAGAAAUGGAUUUGGAUGAAACGGAUAUAAACUGGAUAGAGGAAUUACAAGUGAAGUUGAGAAGAAUAGAGCAAUAUAGCGGUCAUGUGUAA